AUGCCACCCAAGGACAACAAGAAGAAAGAUGGCGGAAAGUCGGCCAAGAAAGAUGAGAAUCCAGUAAACAAAUAUGGGGGCAAGUUCAAAAAGAAGAAGUGGUCCAAAGGCAAAGGUCAGGACAAGCUCACCAACCUAGUCUUGCUUGACAAAGUUCCAUAUGACAAACUCUGUAAGGAAGUGCCCACCUAUAAGCUUAUCACCCCAGCUGUGGUCCCUGAGAGCCUGAAGAUUCAAGGUUCCCUGCCCAGGGCAGCCCUUCAGGAACUCCUUAGUACAGGACUUAUCAAACUGGUUUCAAAGCACAGAGCUCAAGUAAUUUACACAAGAAAUACCAAGGGUGGAGAAGCCCCGGCUGCUGGUGAAGAUGCAGGAACAGAGUCCAACAACUACUGUGCACAAGAACAUGCCUAUGGCUUUCAUCCCUACUCCUAA